GAACCCCACUCAUGUUUCCAGAUAUGGAGUGAGAGAAGAAGAAAAGUAAAAACAUCAACCACUCCAAAUAAUUAUAUAUAAAUCUCCAUAUCUUUGCCAACAAACCCAACAAUCUUUGAAAACAAAUAACCCUUUCGUUUUUAUUAAAACUUCUUGGGGUCGUUCUUGAUUGUAAUACUAGAGAGAAAGAUUUGUAUGUGUUUGUUAAUGGAGAGAAAUACUAAUAAUGGUAAUAACCAGAAGACAAAGAUGAAUCUUGUGUUGUCAACGGAUGCUAAACCCAGAUUGAAAUGGACUUGUGAGCUUCAUCACAGAUUCAUCGAAGCCGUUAAUCAACUCGGAGGACCUAACAAGGCAACACCUAAGGGUUUGAUGAAGGCUAUGGAGAUUCCUGGGCUUACCUUGUAUCAUCUCAAGAGCCAUUUACAAAAAUAUCGGCUAGGGAAGAGCCUGAAGUUCGAUGAUAACAAGCUAGAAGCAGUUUCCUCUGCUUCAGAAAACCAAGAAGCUGAGAGUAAAAACGAUUCAAGAGAUGUCCGAGGCAGUGUCACCAAAGAAGAAAACAACAGUCCAGCUAACGCAGGGUUGCAAAUCACUGAGGCUUUACAAAUGCAGAUGGAAGUUCAAAAGAAACUUCAUGAACAAAUCGAAGUUCAGAGGCAUUUGCAAGUGAAGAUUGAGGCACAAGGGAAGUAUUUACAGUCAGUUUUAGUGAAAGCUCAACAAACCCUCGCUGGCUACACAUCUUCCACUCUCGGCAUGGACUUUGCGAGAACCGAGCUCUCGAGAUUAGCUGCAAUGGUGAAUCAUAGUUCUUCGUUCUCGGAGCUAACGCAAGUGGAAGAAUACGAAGAAGAAGAAGAGGUUGCGGAAGAAGGUUUCUUGUGGUGCAAGAAACAAGGAAACAGAGGAAUUAGACAGCCGAGACGUUCAGUUGAGAGCUCGUUGACAUCCUCCGAAAGCUCGGAUACAGAACUGAAUAAUAAUAUUGACGAGAGGAAAUCGAUGGAGCUUCCUUUGAUGGAGAUCAAAUCAGAAGUGAUGAAGGAGAAGGAGAAGAAGAAGAGAGACUUAAACGACGUCGUUUGCGUGGAACAUCAACCUCCAAAGAAGAGAGAUUUGGGAGGUGAUGAUGAUGAGCAGCACUUGAGGCUGAGUUUGAAUAGUUACAAGAAAGACAUGGGGACGUGUCCGAACAUAGGAUUAGGGUUUAUUUAAAAAAAAACAUUUUAUAAAAAGAUAUAUAAAUGUUUUAAAAAUCCAAUAUAUAUAUGCGUAGAUUUCCAUAGAAUAUUAUUGUAGAGAUUUUGUGAGUAAAGUCGCGUGGUGAAGAACGCAUGGGAAUAUUCUAUAUGAGUCAACAUGAUUAUUUACUACUAUAUAGAAAGAAAAAAAUGUGUGAUAUGUGUGUAUAGAUUAGGUGGGGAGGCUUGUGGAUGUGGUAAAGGCGGAUUUGGAGGAACUUUUUAUGAUCAAUGAAAGAAGCAAAAUGAUUAAAUUAUAGUGAGCUUUUAU